CUCUUGCAAGAUAUUCAAACGCACUAUGGUCUUGUAUUAUACAAGCAACAUUGUUGACCCUCCUGUCACUAUUUAUAUGGGAAAAGACAAGUUUGAAAACGACGACUUAAUUCGAUACGGAUUUCCAGAAGAUAUUUGGUUUCACGUAGAUAAAUUAUCUAGCGCCCACGUUUAUGUUCGCUUACAACCUGGUCAAACAUGGCUUGAUAUUCCUCCUGAAGUUGUGGAUGAUUGUGCUCAACUUGUGAAAGCCAAUAGUAUUGAAGGAAACAAGAAGAAUGGCAUUACUGUCAUUUAUACACCUUGGGACAACCUUAAAAAAACACCUGGGAUGGAAACAGGUCAAGUGACUUUUCAUAACAACAAAAAAGUCAAGCGUGUCUUUGUCGAGAAGCGUAUCAAUGAAGUAGUGAAUCGACUCAACAAGACCAAAGUUGAAAAAUUUCCUGACCUCAUGCAGGAGAAAAUCAACCGAGAAAAGAUGGAUCGAUUAAAAGCACGCCAGGGCGAAUUUGCUGAAAAGGCCAAGGCAAAAGAAUUAGCUGAACAAAAAAAAUUGGCUGAAAAAGAGAUUCAAGACAUGUUUGAUCCUAGUCAAAUGAAGAGUAACUGGAGAGACACCGAAGUCGAAGAUAUUAAUGCUGCAGAAGAAGAUUUCAUGUAAACAUUUAUUUAUACAAAAUACCAUUUGGGAUCGUAUUCUUUCACAUCCUCUUCAUUGACAUGCUCAUACUUUUCUUCUUUGAUUAUUGUCAUGGCAUCUCUUUCCAUUUUGUAAGGUGAUUCAUUUACAGUAAAGUUAUGUCUAGAAAAAAACUCUAUCA